UUUUGACUUCUAUUUGUUUCUUAUCCUUCUUCUCGCUAUUUAAACAAGUACAUUACCAUACGGACAUUGCAAACUGCAAGCUUUCUAGUUGUCUCUAGCUCCCUCUCCUUGUUCGGAAAGAACAAAGGACAGUAGCUUUAACAAGCUCUCGAGUUUUUUAAGGAAAUUAAACAUGGGGAGAGCACCGUGUUGUGAUAAAAAUGGGCUGAAGAAAGGGCCUUGGACACCUGAGGAAGAUCAGAAGAUGAUUGACUUUAUCCAGAAACAUGGUUAUGGAAACUGGCGGACACUGCCUAAGAAGGCUGGUCUGCAAAGGUGUGGAAAGAGUUGCCGGCUUCGUUGGACUAACUAUCUCCGACCAGAUAUCAAGAGAGGUCGUUUUUCUUUUGAAGAGGAGGAGACAAUAAUUCAGCUACAUAGUAUAUUGGGAAACAAGUGGUCUGCCAUAGCUUCUCGCCUGCCGGGAAGAACAGAUAACGAAAUCAAGAACUAUUGGAACACUCACAUUAGAAAACGACUUCUUAGAAUGGGAAUCGAUCCUGUGACUCAUAGUCCUAGGCUUGAUCUUCUUGAUCUCUCUUCAAUCUUUGGUUCAUCUUUUUACAACUCUUCUCAAAUGAACAUUUCAAGGUUUCUCGGAAUCCAACCAAUGGUUAACCCAGAACUUCUCCGUUUAGCCACAUCAAUCAUAUCAUCUCAACGUGAAAAUCACAACUUUGUUCCGCAAAAUUGUCAAGAAAAUCAGCUGUGUAAUCUCCAAAUCCAGAACCAAUAUCACCCAGUAAUCCAAGCUGAUCAAUUUCAAAGCCAAGUUCAAGAAAUGCCGAGUUGCACCACACUAGCUAAUCCAUUUGUUCAUUUCUCCGGCGAAACUCAACUCAUGGACGAAAUGAACCACCAGGAAUGGCAAAGGGAUGAUGAGAUGGCUUCAAAUUUGACAGAUAAUUUUAUGACCCUACAGAGUUACGAAAACUAUUAUGGAGCGUCUGAUCAAACCGCUAUGAUGGACCCAUCAUGUGAGACCACUUCAACUUUUAUUUCCAAAAACAGCAAUCAAAAUCUCAGCUUGGCGUCAGUUUUAUCAACGCCUUCUUCAAGUCCAAAACCAUUGAACUCAAAUUCAACGUAUAUCAAUUGCAGUAGCAGCACAGAAGAUGAGAGGGAAAGCUAUUGCAGCAACAUGUUGAAAUUUGAAAUCCCAGAUAUUUUGGAUGUUAGUAACUUCAUGUAAUGUAAAAAAUGAAACUGAUCAAACAGUUUUUCUUUUCUUUUCUUUUCUUUUCUUUUCUCCAUCCAAAUUUUAUGGGAUAUGGAUUUGGUGUUGUUAAUGCGUGUAAAAUCUACUACUAAUUAACUUGUUUUAAUUUUCUUCA